AUGGCUUUACUCACCUCUGUAAGGGAUGGUGCAAAAGGUACGGAUCUACUGUUAACCUCAAGAGGCCCUGAGAACGUUGACGAUGCAACAAGAAAUCUAUGCUUCUGCAAUUACGGAGGAGACAUAUGCGAUUCGAACAACACUUGCAUUAAGCACACCAAUGCUGCGUGCUUUCAUUUCAUGAAAGAGGUAGUGUAUAACAGUGAUCUGAGACGUAUGGAAACAGUACAUCAAUACGGCUGUGCUACACUGGAAAAAGGCAGUUCUGCGUCGCACCUUACAUGUAACUCGUUUCGUUCCCCUCAUCGGACCCCAAAAAGUAUCGCCUGCUGUUACGAGGGUAAUUACUGCAAUUUGCUGAUCGAACCUCCUCCUUACCGACAGCUUCCCAAAGACUCCGCAGAGUUCUACGACGAUGAAUGGCUUCAGCAGAAAUCGCAUCCUGCAGUUUACGUACUCGUGCCGUUAAUUAUUGCGUUGUCCAUCAUCACUGGUACUUUUAGAAGUGGAUCUGGUUCUGGCAAUGCGGCUAUGGUACAAAGGACAGUAGCCAAUGAUCUCGUCAUCGAAAAAGUCAUUGGAAAGGGCAGGUACGGAGAAGUACGCCUGGCAAGAUUCAGAGGAAGUCUUGUGGCUGUCAAAACGUUCUAUACAACUGAAGAGGACUCAUGGAACAAUGAGCGGGAGAUAUACGAGACACAAAUGCUCAAUCAUGAGAAUAUAUUGCAGUAUGUUGCUGCUGACAUCUUCAGUAUGGACUCGUUCACUCAAAUGAUACUGGUAACCGAUUACCAUCCACUUGGUUCGUUGUACGACUACCUCCAGCAGGAACAAGCAUUAACUACUCAAGAAGCGCUACAGUUGGCUUACAGCUCCAUCUGUGGAAUCGAACACCUCCAUGCUUCCGUGAUCGGGACCGGAAGUCGACGAAAACCCCAGAUUGCUCACCGGGAUAUCAAAUCGAAGAAUAUCAUCGUCAAACGGCCGGGGAUGUGCUGCAUGGCAGAUUUUGGUCUGGCUGUCAGGUUCGAGAAUCGCCUAAUUCCUGAAAAAGUAAACGUGCAGGCGGGCACAAAACGGUACAUGGCUCCCGAAGUCAUCCGAAAAACGCUCGAUCCGAAUUUUUUCGCCCAGUUCAAGAUGGCUGACAUGUACUCUUAUGCAUUAGUGUUGUGGGAAAUAGCAAGGAAAGUUGAGGUGAGUGCGCAGAUGUGUGUGGAUCGACUCUGGGCUCUGGUGAAUCUGGUUAUGGUUCACAUGAACUCUGUUCUUCAGUCACGACGAUCAUAUCCAUAUACGCCGCCAUUUGGUGAAUUGGUCGACAGCGAUCCUUCAUUUGCCGAAAUGGAAAAGAUUGUGUGCGGAGCGAACGGGAAACGUCCACCACUAGAGCCUUCAUGGACGAAUGGGAGCAAUGUGCGUUCGAAAGAACAAGGCUAA